AUGAAUACUGCAUUAUCUGUGCUCAUUCUGUUUAUGGGAUGUUGCCACGCGCAGAACUCCCCAGCGCUGACUAAAUCGGGUACUAGUGAUGAGAACUUCGAGCGUCCCUGCCCCGUCUACGACACUUACUGCAUCCGCCAGUACUUCGCGAACAAUGCAAACUGCAAGGUAGCUUACGGUCCCGUCCCGGAACCGUACUACAGGGCCCAAAGCACCUCGUACAUUCCAGUUGCAAAUAUUACCACAAUUUUAACGAACAUACAACUGAAGGGAUUGAACGGACGCAUUGAAGAGUUUUAUGUGAACAGAGAAACAGACAAAUUAGUCUUAACGAUUGAGUUCAGAGGCCUAUCGCUGAAUUCCAGCUUCGCCUACUUUAGAUUCCAACGACGAUCCAGAGAGCCUGUCGUGACAGGAGACGCCGUCACUGUCGUUUAUCAGUCCGUAGUAUCUUCUGCAUUAUCUGAAAUCGACGCAAACCUUUUGCUCGCCGUCAGAGAAGUUUUUCUCACGGACGGAACGUUUUAUCCAGCCACAUUCAUCCAAUGGAACAUAUGUGAUUUUGGUUUGAAAGUGUUG